AUGGCAAGCGUAAUUUCCAGUGGUUUUCGCGAAGAUUUAGCAGAGUUUUUAAGUGAAUUUGCAAAGCUGAAGGCACCGGACUUUCAAACUUUUUGCCAGGAAUGGAAAAGAACCAACUUUCAAUACAUAUUUUACGGACGAAAUACGGAUCCUGAAAUGGCAGAAUAUUUGGGGGAAAUAUUUUAUACCGUGAAAAAGUGUUUCUUUGCUUCCAAGAAUCAGUUUGAACGUAUCGCAUCAUUCUAUCUGCUAUAUACGUUGUACUUCAAGCAGCCAUUGUUUAUGUUUUGUAAGAUACGGCUCACAUUAACGGAGUGGCGUGUAAUGAAAGAUUUUGCUAGACACCCGUACAAUGGCCAGGAAUUACCGCAAGUAACGGUUAUACUAUGGAAGCUGUUCAAAUCAGAUGCUUUUCGUUUCGUGCACGAAGAGCUAGAACGAGGGUUUGAUAGAUUUUAUUUAAAAAAUUCUGGAGCAAGCUUCGACGGUUCCGGACCGUUGCGAACAAGUAAGGAUUUGGAAAAAGAGCUGCUUUCUUUGACGACGCCUGGCGAACUUAUCAACGCGAUGGAGAUACUGGAAAUGGCCUACAAUGAAAUGAAAGAGGCGCUUGAUGAUAACGGUACAUCAGCAACACAAUCAAUCGUUGGUGACAAAAUACCUCAGACAACAUUGAUGGAAAGCCUUCGCAGCGAUAUAGAUUCACUUGGAAGCCUGCUUCGGAAUAGCGAAACUCAGGCUUCAUCACGUUGCGAUCCAAAAUUAACAGAAGAAGAUACUGACUCCGUAGGAGCCAAACGAUAUUCGUUACGAAGGAAAGCAUACAAGCGGGAAGUAAAAAAGAAGGUAUUUCGAAUUGCAGGGCGAGAAUGCCCACACAGCUCAGAGGAAUCGGAUGAUCAAAAUUGUUCCGUUGUUGCUGAAAAAUGGGCAAUUCAAGAACAAACGGAAUCAAAACGCAGGGGAUUUAGAAGUAUUCGUCAUAAAGUGCCCAAAAUAAGUGACAAUGAAACGGAUAAUGGUCAAUAAGAGCUGGGUUAGUUUGAACUGAAUUACUUGGUUUCAAUUUAAUAUGUAAAACACUUCAUAUAUUUUGGUUUGAACAGUCAGUUAUUUCAAUUCGAUUUGUGUUUUUAUUUGUUUUGUGUAUAUGAAUUGAAUUUGGAAAACAAUGCACACCUACUUAGAGACUUAAAUCGUAAAGCAACCAACAGUAAAUUAUGCUAGGCAUGAUUAUUUUAGGCAGAUAUUUUAUUUUAAUUGAUGAAAGAUUUUCGGCACCUCACUAGCCUAACAACGCAUAUUUGUUUGCUAUUUGAACCAGGCUUAGAGUACGCAGCACUGUUACUAACUUAGGGGUCUCCAUGUGAGGUCCCAUGCGACUCUCGGGAGCCUUCAGUGCGACAUAUGAACGUUCUAUA